UCCUCGUCCCCCACAGACCACCACCAAUCUCUUAUCCACUUCAAUAUCUUGACAACUUCGCUCCAUUGCUCUCUGUUCAAUCGCUCUAUCGCCCAUCAUGGCGCGCCGCUCGGCUCGGCUCUUGAAGCAACGCUCGCCAACUCCGGCAGACAACGUCGAUGACAGUUGGCAGACAGCCUCGCCUGAACCCCAACGUCUCCCUUCAGUUCUCGAAAGCGAGGAGCCUGCCAUGAAAACUCCCAAGAAGGCCGCGAAGAAGAAUGUUGACGCGACGCCCGCCGCGACCCCAACAGUGGCGCCAGCUACGCCGCGAUCUCAUCUCCCCCAACCUACCAAAACCGCGACACCACUCAAAAACGCUUCUCCUCCAAAACCCUCCUUGUCUGUGAUGGCUGCCCAGACUCCGACGAGCCGUAUCAAGCCUGCGGGAGAGGAGAUGCACCCAGCGCAACAUCACGCGACGACCGCUAAGAUGCUCGAUGAGGCUCGCUGGCUGGGAUUCCAAGCCAUCCCUAGCACGGCACCACCAAAACAGUUGGGCGGCCUUGGAAUAGGAAACACUACACCUUCGAGGACUCCAGCUCCAGCUGCUAACAAGACUCAUGAUAUUGUUUCUUCUCCAGACUUUAGAUUCAGGUUCAGGUCUCCCAUCCCGGGAUUGAGCCCUCAAUCGAAUCGCAUUUUGAAUGAUGGCCGCGCCGCAAAUAGCACGGCGACACCCGGACGCGCCAUUUUUAAGGCCGACGAGUUUUCUGCUCCCGCCGAUGUCUCUCCUCGCAAGCUGGCUGUGCCCAAGGGCAAAUCGAACCGCUUUAGCGAUGUGCAUAUGGCAAACUUUAAGAAAAUGGACUCUAUCGCCAAUCACCCGUCUGCCUUUCGCGCUGAUCCAAGCCGCUUCAAGCCCGUUGGUGCUUCGCUGAAGCGCUCUCCAUCCAAGGCCGACUUGGACAAGGCGGAUACGACUCCUACAACUAAGACGCCAAACAAGCUAAAGCGCACACAGUCAAAGAUGGAUAUGAAUGAACCUUCGGUCUCCCAGCCAGCCCUGAAAUUGCAAAAGGCCACACCAAUGCCGAAGCGUGUUCAGUCGAAGCCUGAUGUAACCCCAUCGACUACUAGGCUUCCCCAGUCCACUGUGAGAUUUGUUCCGCCUGCACGAGAUAGUCGCCCUUCCACUCGUGAUGGCUCGGCUCCUACUCCAGUUCAAGAUGGACCAACUGCCAAGCGAGUAAAGCGUGUCGAGACAGAUGAUGCUGCUUCAACCCGUCCGAUUUCGCGAGAUGGAUCGACACCCUCCGGCAUUCCUACUGCGAGCCGUCCCAAGCAUUCCCGCUUUGGUCUGCCUCAAGCUGCCGCUAGGCUCAUGACACCUACCAAGUCAUCUAUGGCACGAUCUCAGAGUGCUAAGGCGAUCAAGACCACCUCGAUGAUUCCAUCAUUGGCUCAGUCGCCCUCCGUGAAGAACCUCCUGUCCCCAAUUAAUAUAGGCCAGACCAUGAAAGACGGCUUCCGCAAGACAAGCAACUCUUUACAGCGUGUUCGAUCAAUCCUGCGCACCCCAUCCCGCAAAUUCUCGGACGAUCCGUCGAAGAUUGCUGCUGGCACACACGUAACCCCGCCAGCAGGACUUGAUCUCCUCAAGGCACUUCCAAAUGUGCCCAAGACUGCACCCAUCCAAAAACAUGUCAAUUUCUCCACUAGCACUCUUGAGAGAGCUGCCCACGAUGCAUUGGGCAAAUCCCCAUCCCCAAUGAAGUUCCGAGCUGGCUCUGAGAUCCCCACAGGCGCUGUGCUUUACCCCAAGCUCACCAGUGUGGAGUAUCCUGCUUUGCCCAAUGAAGUAGACACUACGGUUGGUUCACCUUCCCGCCGACUCACAUUCGGCGGCGCAUCAGACAAUACACCUGCUAAGUUCGAUUUCAAAUCCGACAAGAACAUCGACUUCGGACCAGUCUCGGCUAGCACCAUCCGCGUGGUGCGUAAGAGCGAUGCGUCUUCCUUGACUGAUGCAAAGAAGCGCAAGGCGGACUCAUUGGAAGAGAUCUCGGACAAGGAGAAUAGUCGACCAACGGAGGAUGAAGGACGAGGAGCGAAGAGGCUCAAAGCCAGCCCUAUCAAACCGCCAAAGACCCCAUCAACCCUCAAUAAAACCCCUCGUCGUCUUCCAAAGAGUGCUGGAGGUAUCAGCCAGUCGAGGCUCGCGUUCUUGGCCACGCCUAAGCGUGCGAAGCCGUUCACCGUGGCGUCGUUCAAUAAUUUGAUCGACGACUUAAAGAAGUCUUACCACUCUCUCAAAAAUCACCCGCUACUUAGCUCCGAGUCCUCCCCACCAGGAUAUUCCAACGACGUACCGACAGACGCCUUUUCACAGAUCUACCUCAAAUUCCACGAAUUACUUCACAAUACCGGCAGCAAAGACAUCACUGCAUUCUUCACGAACCCUCGACUCAACGACCCCGCCUACCUCACCACCCUCGCUAUCCUCCUCGCCGCAAUCUUCACAACCAUGUCGUGGUUCUCUCGCACAGGCGGCAACUGGGGCGGACGCUUCUCGCCCUUCGGCCGCUCAAAUAACACUGGUGGAAACCAGGUCGGCGAUGAAGACUUCUCCUACAUAACGUCCGAAGACCUGGCGAAUGCCACGGGCAAAGGCGGGCGUCACCGCGCCUCAUCACGAGCAGCCGAGAUCGUGGACUGGGACGAUAAGGACCCAGACCGCAAGACCGACGUGCUCAUCUUCAAGAACGGCCGCACCAACUAUCCUACACAUUUCGCUGUGCAGAGCAUCCGGGACGGCAGCCUGAGGAUCGGCGACGUGCGCGAGGCCGCGGCGAAGAAGAUCGGAGUCAGCGACCCGAGCAGGAUACGCAUGUUCUUCAAGGGCAAGAACCUCAAGCACGACGAACGGACGGCGAGGGAAGAGGGCCUCCGCGGCGACGGCGCCGGCAGCGAGAUCCUCUGCGUUAUCGGCGAAGCAGGCACGGGGACCAUGGCCCCAGGCUCCGAGGACACUGGCAUGCCAGGCACUGCGCACCGCUCCUGGAGCGACGACGAAGACGAAGACGACACAGAAGACGCCAACGACUCGGGCGCAGGAGGCGGUCCGCAAUCCGGCAAGAAGAAGCCCCGAAAGCGUGGCGGCAAGAAGAACAAGAAGAAAGGCGGCGCCUCGACGGGAACAUCGACUCCAGGCCUGGGAUACUCCAACGCCAGCUCCGCCAACGCCGAAUUCCUGCCCAUCCCCUCGCACAUCGGAGGGGCCCCUCGAUCCGGCUCCGCGCCUCCCCCCAGCCGCGCACCUCCAACGCCGCAGACCCCGAUCGGCAAGCUCGACGCCAUCGCUUCCAAGUUCCAUACUGAGCUCGUGCCCUUGUGCGUCACGUUUUUGAAUAACCCGCCUGAGGAGAAGGCGAAGAGGGAGUUCGAGCACAAGAAGCUGUCUGAGACCGUCCUCGCGCAGGUGCUGCUGAAGCUCGAUGGCGUGGAGACGGAAGGUGACCCCGACGCUCGUGCUAAGAGGAAGGCGCUGGUCAAGGAGGUGCAAGGCAUGCUGAACAGCCUAGACGAAGCUGUCAAGAAGGCGUAGAGCGGGACUUGCUUGUCGUGCCAUCGUCAUCACUGUUUACCUGGCUAGAACUGUUUUGUGUGUACAAAGUACGAGGAGAAGGAGACGAACAAAGGGGGAAACCGGGGAAGCGUUAUGUGCAUGUGUCGUAUAUGUGUUCUUUUUGCUAAUCUCAACGAAGAAAGUGAGGGACUGAUGAGGAGGUGGAUUUGUUCGAUCGAUAGAUUUGUAUUGACGUACGUUGAUGUGGACUUACUUGGAAUAUACGCAAGACGAUUUGGG